CCCCCCCCGGGCCAAAUCCCCUCUCUCUCCCCUCCAACCCCAUUCAGCAUUGAGCUAACUUCUUCUUCUCUUCCUCGAAGCUUAGAAUAAACCAGCCCCAGCCCCAGCUCCACCCCCACCCCCACCCCAACCAUUUUUACUACACAAUUGACCCAUUUAUUGAUACAAUUAAGAUACAAACAAGUCAUAAAUACCCGAUUGAUCUUGCUUGGUUAUGGGUUGCGCAUCUUCAGUUGCAGAUAGGAAUUCAGGACGGACUGCUAGCCUUAAUCCUGAUAAUGGUGGAGCAGUUGACCCUAAAAAUCUUAAAGUGAAGCUGGUACUCUUGGGCGAUUCUGGUGUUGGUAAAAGCUGUAUUGUUUUGCGCUUUGUCCGUGGUCAAUUUGAUCCAACAUCUAAGGUGACUGUAGGAGCUUCUUUUCUGUCUCAAACAAUAGCGUUGCAGGACUCAACUACAGUUAAAUUUGAAAUAUGGGAUACAGCGGGUCAGGAGAGGUACGCAGCACUUGCACCCCUGUACUACCGAGGUGCUGCAGUUGCAGUUGUUGUGUAUGAUAUUACUAGUCCUGAAUCUUUUGCCAAAGCACAAUACUGGGUCAAGGAAUUACAAAAACAUGGAAGCCCUGAUAUUGUCAUGGCUCUAGUUGGCAACAAAGCUGAUCUCCACGAAAAAAGAGAAGUAACAACUCAAGAUGGAAUUGACUGUGCUGAAAAGAAUGGUAUGUUUUUUAUAGAAACAUCUGCUAAGACAGCUGAUAAUAUCAACCAGCUGUUUGAGGAAAUCGCCAAGAGAUUACCACGCCCGUCUGCUGCUUGACCAUCAAGAAUAUAGAUUAACAUAAGCAGCCGUGGCAAUGCUAAUUGCUUACGACUGCCUGUAAUACUAUGUAUAUGAAGUCUCUUCUUCUUUUUCUGCUUUCUUGUUCCGAUUUAUGAUCUUGUAACUCGGAUCCUCUUCCACAAGGUAUCCUGCUACAUAAUUGUGCGAUUUGAGGAGACUAAAAAUCUCAUUUCAACUUGUGAAAGUUUCAAAUGUUUGAAUGAUUCAGUAACAUAUGAAAUCUGGUUAUUAAAUGAUAAAGGAUAAGUUCCUGAAA